GUAUUUUAGCAAUAUAAUAAACUCUCCGAAGUGUUGCAAGGGAUUGGGUAGAGUUGAAUUCUAUUACUGAAGACGGGCAUUAAAGAGUUAUGAGGAAUUAUGAUUUUGAAUUCUAGCACCUGAUUCUAGAUUUAGAUCCCUAGCGAUAUACAUCUUUCUUAGAACCCGUAUUAAAGUAUCAUAAGUGACGGAACAGUUUUAUGAAUCUUUGAUAUUUGAACUAUAUAAAAUCUCUAAAUAAGAACCCAAUCAACGGUGAAAUAUAUACAAUCAUGGAUGCAAAAGGAUUGAUAUUUGAAAGAUAUAAAAUAUUUUAUUAACUGUUUUUAAUUUCUCCUUUCAUCUUGGUUGAUGAAAAAUAUCGUGGGCAAUCAAAUGGUACCAAAUAUUGUUCUUCUUAUCAAUCUAUAGAUCUGCAUAGAUAUAGCAGCCCACUUAUUUAAAAUUGAAGCAGGCAAUAAUGCUUCAUCCAUUGUGUCCCGAAAGUUAGCAAGUGCUGCAAUAAACAAGCUGUAGUGUAGCUAGUGCUUCAUCCAUCAAGACUAAGUGGGCUACGAGGUGUCCUUCCACCAUUGCAGAUAUCUUUCUUCUAUAUAAAAACCCACAUAGGACUAAAUGCUAAGCUCAUCAUAAGAAUGGAAGCCAAGGUGAAGUGCUUUGUUAGUCUUGCUCUACUUUUUUUUAGCUGUGCAGGUUUUGAAAGGGUCAAUGGAGCUGGAGAAUGUGGGAGUAUUUCUGCAGAUAUAAUGGCCUUUCAAAUGGCUCCAUGUGCUUCGGCUUCACAGGAUGUGAAUGCUGCAGUUUCAGCAUCAUGCUGCUCGGCGAUUCAAAAGAUAGAUCAGAACCCCAAGUGUCUGUGUGCCGUCAUGCUCUCAAAUACUGCAAAGAGUGCUGGUGUGAAUCCGGGUGUCGCUGUGACAAUACCCAAGCGUUGUAAAAUUGCCAACAGACCGGUUGGAUACAAAUGUGGAGGUUAUAGUUUGCCUUGAAAGUGAACUUUAUAUGGUUUUUGGUGUGAUGCUUUUGAUGUUGUAAUUGUCUAAAUAAAAUACCGGAUGACUUUGAAAUGUGUCAUCAAGCCAAAGGGUACUAGUCCACAACCCCAAAUACGACCACCGAACUUAGCGAAUGAGAAGAGUCUAAUCAAGGAGGCUUACAGAUCAAUAGAUGUCAACUUAUGAGAAGAACUUCGAGUACAAGCCGCCCUUCAACAAGAGGAAAUAAAAUGAAGAACUGCCAAGUACUAUAACCUUCACGUCAAAGAGAAAGCCUUCCAACCAGGAAACCUGGUCCUAAGGAAAGUGGAUGAAGCUGCUCUUUAAUCCGUACAACACUAAGAUGAAAAUUUCUAACUAUAUCGCAGCGUAUAUUCUUGCCAGCAAUAAUAUCUAACAUAAGCAUAUAUAAUUUUUGUGGUUAAACUGUCCAAAUAUCAGCAUACAUUCAUUGUAUGAGAUUUGAAUUCAUGAAUUUCGAAAGAAGCUUAUAGCCAAUAUUACAUUUAAUUCA